GGGUCGAAAUUCAAACAUCUGCCGCUGCACGGCCCAUCCAUUUUGAAAGUAAAAAUACUGCAUGACCCGGGACUUCUCGCGCGGUGUUUCCUGGCGGUUGAAAAGGCCUGGGCGACGUCUUUGGCGGGCAGCGGUGGCCGCGUAAGAUGACGUAGUGGUGGCCGGCUGCGUCUCGGUGCGCGUUGCGCUCGACGGGGGGCGUGAACGGAGUGCGCGUCGCGCGUCCCUCUGGGCCGCGGACGGGAAAUAGGUUGGUAGAGAGCGAGGCGCUUCUAGAGGCCGAUGGAUGCCAGGCCGAGGCUCGGGACGCCAUUUUGAUAUACGGUCGCACGUCAAGAGGCAGAGGUACCUCGCGGCCGCGACCGAGGGUCGGAGUUACGCGCCGUGCCGAGUCGUGCUGCGCGGUCUGCGCUCGGCGGUGCGCCCGCGGUGACGCGUUAAGGUUAACUCGGCCGGAGGUGAGGUUAACCGCGCUCGCCUCGCCUCGCCUCGCCGCGCCGCGCCUCGCGGAGAGUGCCUCUAACCCCGCCGGAAAGAGGAGACCGGAGUGACAGGUGAAUCGAUCGGACGUGCCCCGAGCGCGACGCGCGACCUCGGCGCCCGGCCGACGAGAGUCCGACCGAGAGACGUCGCCAGGAUCCGGAACCGUCGAGGGACGCCCAGCGUCCCGACGACGGGCCCACCGGGACGAGUCCGGCAGGGUCCGCCAGGGUCCAAGAGACGCCACUGGACAGCUGGGAACGUAGCCUGCAGGUACGGCACGGACAGGGCCAGGUCUUCGGAGCUGUCCGAGGACCUUCCCCGAGGGUAAGCCGGGGCACCGAGUCCUCCUACUGAAUCGGCGUCGGUUCUCCAGGUGAUACGAAUCGAGCCUGGAACCUGGCACGAGAAGAACCGGCGUAUGGACGUCCCAGAGGUCGAGCGCCACGCAAGAAGGAAACCGGGUUCUCGUGGCAUCGAGGAACACGGGCCGAUGACUUAACCCUGGAUACAGGGAGGAGCAAGGAAAGGCGUGGAAAGUUCCAGAGAAGAAAGUUAGGGACUUUGUGAACUCGUUUCCUGAUGUCGGGGAUGGAGCGCGACCUUGGGUCGCAUCCAAGUCGGAGCCCCAACGUGGAGAGGCGUAAAUGUUCUCCCGGAAGCUAAACCCAUGCGAGCCUCCUGCCCUGUGCCCUGCGAACUCACAGCCGGAGAGACCCUCGACUAGUGCGCCUUCGCUCGGGCUCUUCGUCUCCCUCUGGCCCGAAACAUGGCCAAGAUCCUGAACAAGGACCCCGUCACCUACGAGCGGGAACGAGAGACCUUCCUCAAGGAGCUGCACCACUUCCACGAAACCAGGGGGACGCCGUUCAGGAAGCCCCCGAAGGUCGGCGGCAAGGAGGUGGACCUCUACCUGCUAUACGUACUCGUCACCGCCCAUGGAGGAUGGAUCAAGGUAAACUCGAGGAACGAGUGGACGAUCCUCUGCGAGCAAUUCCACCUGCCGAAGGACUGCGUCAACAGCGGGGUCGGCCUCAAGCAGAUCUACCUCCGGUACCUGGACAGGUACGAGAAGGUCCACUACCUCGGCGAGGACGGCCAGCAGGCCGACGACGACGACGAGGACUCGCGACACCGCAAGUGGUCCGCCAGGGCUCUCCACUCGGUCCCGCUCUCCUACAACCACCACCAGCACAACAUCGCCGAAUCCCUGCGCGAGUACAACGGACUCUCGGCUAACCUCUACAAGCCGUCUAACUACGACAAGCUCGCGCUUUCUUUGCUGUCGCCGCUCCCGAACGAGCAGGACUUUGCGAUCAACGUCUGCACCCUCCUCUCGAACGAGGGUCGUCACACCCUUCGCCUGGACAAGUAUCCCCGGCUGGUGAACAUCCUCCUGGCGCACGCCGGGGUCUUCGACUCCCCGGGGACCAGGCAGCUCUUCAUCGAGGUCUACUCCCGGGUGCGCAACUACUCGAUCAACUCGUUCUGGUGCGACGUUAUCGACGCCCAGGACGUCCUGGAUCUGACCGACGAGAGGACCUUCGUGAAGAAGCCCCCGACGAUCCUGCGCACCUUCUCCAGGAGGAAGACCUUGGAAAAGGAGAGGCAGUCCAGGGCCCAGGCCAGGACGGAGGGCGAGGACUGCGCACCGCUACCCAUGGACGUCGACGGGGUCAUCCCGGACUGUCCCCGGCUGGAGGCCGCCUCGUCGCCGCUCCCAGAGGACCGGUUCAAGGACCUCAACCAGAACUCGAUCAAGUUCGAGGACGAAGACAAGGACUUGUUCUGUGUUGGACGGACGUUGGGCACGCAGGAUCCGUACGGGCAGCGUGUCCUACAGAUCGCCUCGAUAUUGCGGAACUUGAGUUUCUGCCCGGAAAACGCGGCGGUUCUGGGACGUAAUCGGUGUUUCUUGAGAUUCGUAUUGUUGUGCGUGAGGGCCCGGUGGAGCAAUCUCCACCAGCUGGGCUUCGACCUCCUCGGGAACGUCGCCGGGGAGAUCAUUCUCAAGGAGGCCGGCGACCGGAUCACCGACGUCGUCCUGACGGCGGUGGCCAGGGGCAUCGACUCCCAGGACAGGUUCAUCGUCAUCUCCUGCCUGGAGGUCCUCAACAAGGUCAGCCAGCAGGACAACAACGAGGAGGUCGUCACCUUCGGCCUCGACGACUGCGUAUACGAGAUCAUAUGCAGGUUUCUGGCGCUUAGCGACAUCGCCCUGCUGGUGUACACCCUGGAGUGCCUGUACGCCCUGACCUCGUUGGGCGAGAGGCCGUGCACGAGCGUCGCGCGGGUACGCGGAGCCAUCGACACGCUGGUCGCCCUGGUCACGGUGGAGGCACAGAGCUACGGGCCGAAGGCCUGCAUCCUGAUGCGCGUCGUCGAGACGGUGUCGACGAUAAGCGUGCCGACGAGCACGGCGGCGACUCCGGCGGCUGCCGGGGCGCCGGGCGCGACGCACGCCGCCUCCGUCCCGACCACGCCGACCACCGCGACGCCGACGCCUGCCCCCUCCCCCGUGAGCCCGGCCACUUCGAGGCCGACCACCCCGGCCACCCCCGUCAAAGCCUCCGCCGCUCAAAAAGCCCUGGAGGCGGCCAACUCGAUCCAGCAGCAGCACGCCCACCAGCAGAUCAUCCAGGAGAACGAGCAGUUCGCCCUGGGCUGGCUGAGGGCAACGUUCGAGCUGGCCCCGGGAGUGCGCAUCGAGCAGGAGGAGCUCUACAAGAAGUACCUCGGCUGCUGCACCAAGAUCGGCAGGCGGGGCGUCAUCGCGCCGCCUCACUUCCCGAGAUGCGUCAGGUCCGUGUUCGGCGGCACGGUCGGGCCCAACCCGCUGAAGGGCGAGACCACGGGCUCCCAGUACUACGAGGGCAUCCGGGUGCGGUCGGUGCCGGGCCCCGUGACGUAUCCGGGGCAGACCGCAGCGGGGACCAACGCCGCCCCCGUCCCCGGGCUCAACGCAACUCCAGUAAAGGUGCUUCCCGUUCAACAGCGUACCGCCAAGACCAUAAGUCCCGCCCCCGAUAACGGCACGGCUCUAGAUAGCCCCGCGACCGGACCCCCCAGGGCUCCGGCUCCCGCCUCCCCCAUCCUCAAGGCCCAGUUGUCCGCCCCGCCAAAACCACCCUCCGGUUCUCCGAAUCAACCCCAGAGUCUACCCCAGAGUCCAGUGACCAAGGUUGACUCGAAAAGUCAGGUGUCAGUGUCGCACCCCCACCUGAGCCAGGCACUGCUGGCGAGCGGGUCGCAGCAGCAACAGGCGCAGCAGCAACACCUGCAGCAGCAGGCCAUCCAGGUAGUGGUCAAGGAGGACCCUAGAAGCGGUGCCACGUCCAGUUCCAUUAUUAAAAGCCUAUUGGCUACCAAGGUAACAGUCAGCGGCGACUGCAUGCCCAGUGCCGCUGCCACGUGUGUGUCUGCCCCCUCUGCCUGCGUAACAAACACUACUGCUAGCAUCGCAUCCAGCAUCAGUGCCAACCAGCUAACAACCACCAACCAGGUCGCCCAGAGGCAGCAGCAACAGAGGCUACUGCAGCAGCAACUCUCGGGGGUCGUCCAGCCUACGGCGCCCUCGGCGACUCCUGCGGCGACUCCACCCGCUGCGACCCCGAAGGUUCCCGUUAACUCGAAGCAAAAGCCAGCUAUCGGGCCUAUUCCUGCCAAAAAGAUACAAAGACUCAACGGGGCUAAGGUCAUCGUGACUAAUAACUGUGACAAGACUGAGGUAAGCGACAACGAGAACGCGAGCCAAGGGCCGACGACGACGGUCGCGAGCAGCGUGAACGAGAACCACGUGACGACGACGGGGAAGGUGUGCCGACCUCCUCCUCUGGCCCCGCUUCCUGGAGGGAACAAGGUGAACCAGCGAACUAUCUGCACCCCCAUCGCCGAGGACUCGGACUCGACGAACAACUCCUUGGCGUCCAGUAGCGGGAUAGGAGGCAGCAGGGACUGUUCCGGGGUCGGGGCCGAGGAGGAGAACUCCCUGACGAGCUUCGAGGGGAUCCUGUUGAACGGGGCGCCGAGCAACCUGGACAUCGACGCUCAGGAGGAUGGCUCCUCGAAGGACUCUUCGGGACUGGGCACGAAGGACAAGCCCCUACAGAACCUGAUGCUGGCCGACCUGCUCGAGAGGAAGGUCGAGAAGGAGCCGAUAAUGAACGGCGUCCUGGGGAAAAAUUCGAUCAACGAGAAGGGCAUCGACCUCGUCAAGAACCACAUCGAGAAGGUGCUAAAGGAGGCCGCACCGGAGGCGAAGGUGAAGCCCGAGGUCGAGGACAAUAACGGGCUCGCGCGGACGGAGGUUUCCGAGGACGCGUUGAUCGAGCCUCCCUCGAGAGGGAUCAAGCGAUCCGGGAGCGAGACCGAGGUCCUGGAGACGAAGAAGCCGAAGUAUUCGAACGGAACCUCCUCACCCGAUCCUGCGAUGGACCCUGCGGCGGUCGAGUCCACCCUGUCGAGCGUCAAGUCGGAGGAGCAGGACGACGAUAAGGACGGCGAGAAGGCGACGGUGUCUUCCACCGCGGCUAAUCUCUACGCCGCCCUGGCAGCGGACUGUAUAGAGGACGAGACGGAUUUCGAGGAGCAGGUGGGGGUCAAGGAGGAAGCCGUGACGGUGAAAGAGGAGCCCCAGGUCCCGGCGACCCAGCUGGAGCAGCAGCAACGCCAACCGAGUCCGCCGAAUCAGCAGACUCAGCUCCAACAGCAGCAGCAGCAGCAGAUACAGCAACAGCAGAUGCAGCAGCAGCAGCAACAGCAGCUCCAACUCCACCAGCAGCAGCAACAACAGCAACAGCAGCAGCUCAUCGUUGCCGGGCCGAGGCAGAUCGUGGUGCAGCAGACGAUCCAGCCGAACAACCAGGUGAUCAUCCCCGCCGCCACGAUGAAGGCGCGACAGGCUCAGGCGCAGCCUCAAGUCCUUCUGCAGCAGAGUCCCGGAGGCCAGCUGCAGUACGUCGUUUCCGGAGGUGUGCCCGGUCAGAAUUACGUCCUGGCCCAGCCGCAGACCGCCCUGGUCCAGGGCCAAGCCCAGACCGUCCUGGUCGCGCAGACCACCCAGCAGCAGGGCACCGGCGCUAAGACCAUCAUCAUCCUCCAGCCUCAGGCGGCACCUCAGCCCUCAGCGGCCCAGAAGGUUGUCGCCGUCACCCCACAGGGCCAGCAGGUCGUCGUCACCCAGGUGCCACGGCCGGUUUUACAGAGCCCUGCCCUGGGGAAUAUCCCGCCCCCGCUGGUCCCCACCUCGGCGACCCUGCCGCAGACCUCCAUCAUCGUGAACAGCUCCGUCGCUCAGAGCUCCCCCAAUACCGUCACCGUGGCCAACCCCGCGAUCGCCCAGCAGGUCGCCGUCACGACCAGCAUGCCACCCAGGGUGGUCACCCCGACCCCGGCCUCGACGCCGCCCCCGACUCGACCUACGACCCCGCACCAGGCCGCGGCUACUCACGGCCUCGCCGUCAAGCAGCCUGUCAAAAUCGUCAAGACAGUCAACUCCGCCACCUCCAUGGAGACCGAGGCCAAGCCUUCUACCAGCCAGGUCGCCGAGACCAAGACCAUCACCAUCAAGAUCGACCCCAAUGCCUUCCUCUGCGAGUGGAGAGGGUGUCUCAGGCAAUUUAAAACCGCCCAUGAAGUGUACCUUCACGUAUGCGAGGCUCAUUGUCCAACCAGUGGCGAGGAGAUCCUCUGCCUCUGGGCUAGCUGCGAUGGACUGAAGAGGCGCAGGUUCUCCCUGAUGACGCACCUGUACGACAGGCACUGCAACUCGGAGGUGAUGUCGAUGAGAAGGAAACAACUGACCGUCACGGGGAAGACGGAGAUCUCGACGACGACCCCUCCCCCGCCACACCAUCCAGGAUACGCCCCGAAUGCGGCUUUCCAUGCCAUCAAGAGGCAUGCCCUUGAGUUUGUCAAUCCCAAGGAAUUAAUGCAAAGGCCGUCCAAGCCCGCUGCAGCCAUCUCGAGCUCCUCCUCUCCCAGACCUGGGCAAAAUCCUCCGCCGGAACAGGAUGACAACGAAGGUCCAGUGACCAAAAGUAUUCGCUUGACGGCAGCUCUCAUUCUCAGAAACCUAGUCAUAUACUCCGCACACGGAAGGAGGCACCUCCGAGCGUACGAGCCCCACCUGGCAGGCGUGGCCUUGAGCAACGUGGAGUCCUCGAGGACGAUCGCCCAGGUCCUCUACGACAUGAACGACCAGAGCAGCAGCAGUCACAGGUGACCUCUCGAGCCAGGCCUCUAAGAGCGGCUCGCGGAGCCCCAGGAGUUACACGGAAAUCCAGCGUGGAUAUCGCGAGGUCGCCCCGGAAGCGGCAACCUGGACUCGCGGUUGACCUCGCAGCUGACGUCGCAGCUUACCUCGCGGUUGAUCUUUGAAAAAGCCGACAGUGAGCACGGGGAAGCCGAGCGCGCGUGGACGCGCCCGGGCGCAGCGGACUGAGCCCCUCGUCGGGGUGGAGGUCGAGGGCGGCGAUGCAUCUGCCCUUACGCGAAGGUUACGGAAGGGAGGUGCCGAUACGAAGGGCAGGAGGAGGAGACGACGAGGAAGAUCGAAAGAGGCCUACAAACUUACUAGGCAAGGCCAUUGCCAAUCUAGGUAAAGAAAAUAAAAACACACAAAAAAAGAACAAAUUGUAUCGUUAAGGGACUGCGACUAGAGUAACACGAGAGACAAAGACCGGGGACGCGAGUGUUCCGGAACAGUGAGACAAAACGAGAACGAGAUAUAACGUUUCAGAUUUAAUAUUAAUAUUUAUUUUCUCAACGUCGAGGGGAGCGAGCGGCGCCGGCGGGGGGGGGCAGUGUGUGUUUCGAGGUGGACGCGCGUACAAACGAAGGGGACGAGGAAAGGCGAGAGCCGGAGGUGCGAACCUUCGCGCGGGUGUUAAUUAGUUACUUUUUAAUCGGCAUUAUGCGCGGAUGGACUUCUGUUAUUUCUCGUAGCGAGCCACCUGGAUUUUUAAGAGACCCGGGCCCAUUCAUCCGAAAUAUCCGCCGGGAGGGCCGUUGUUUCAUUUUUCUCGCUUAUCAGGGUUGCGCAUCGCGAUUACACCCCCGCAUCUCUGUUGUCUAUAUUUUUUUUCCCCCUCUCGGUUUUUUCCCUUCAACGUUCUAACGUGCUGGUGGAGCGGGUCGCGGCAACCCUUUCGCACCUGGUUCUCCAGGUCGGCGAGAAAUGCGCUCUCGGUGGAUCCGAUUCGUAAGGACGUGGGACAUCGCUCGGGACGGUUCCGAAACUUUAGCCGAAUUUAGUUCGACCCAGGCGACACGUUUUGCUAAUUAUCGUACUAUCUCAACCCAAUCACUCCGAUCGAUUCCGCGUUUCCUAAGAAGACCCGGACUGCGGAUGCGACGAGCGCGGUCUUUCCUUUUUACGAUUUUCCGAACCAACACCACGGAGGAUCGAAUCCCGAAGGGCGCGAUUAACUCGUGGUCUUUUUUCUUUUUUUUCUUCAUCUUUGGAAAGGCGUUUACACUCGUAGCGUUCACCACCUUUUCUCUCGAGGGUUGCGUGUGGGAAUUUUUCAUUCACACGAUGUCGAUUCUAUGUGGCAGAAGAUUGUCUCCUAGCGUUCGGCAGGACGAGGCGAAACGUCCUGGGGGUUAAGGCAGGUCAGGACCGAAGGAUAGAGGCGAUAGAUCCGAAAUCUCGGAAAGAAAUCCGUUGCAAUCAAUGAUAGGAAAUCAAACGUUAGAUUGGUAGGCGGGAAGGAAGACCGGAUUUUAAUCGUUUCUCCAGGUUCCUUUUUUUCUUUUUUUUUUUUUUUACUCGGCGUGACUUACACUUAAGGCUGAGACGGGACACUUGUUUUAACGCUACCGAGGUUUUAUACGACCGGACGUGAAAUCUCAGAGAGGGCAUGGUUCGCAUUUACACGAUCGGUCGCUUGGAUCGAGCCGAAAUACGGAGAAGAAUUCGGAUCUAAGAGGCACCGAAAAGCCAGAGAUGAAAGGGAUUAACGAUGCCCGUUUGUAGUUGAACCAUCGAAUAAUGAAUAAUUACGAUUCGGGAAACUGUGGCCGGAGGUAACGUCGAGGCGAUCGUCCGGAUGGCUAAUUAAGGUAACUCGUAAGACGCGGAAGAAGAUCGAUUAAUCAGAUGACGGUCUAAUUGUAAGUUGCAAUUGCCGUUAGUAAUUGUUCGGUGAGGAGAUUAUAAAUGUAAUCAGCGUUGGAUUCAUCUCUGGUCGGAGCAGGCGGGGGAGGAAAGGGGAGAGAGCACCUAUACAUAUUUGUACAUAUAUAUAGCGGCCGUAUCUCGUUCGACUGUGUUACACAUGGGAAGUUCUGUGUACAUUUCUUCUGGAAGUCGUAGGCUUAACGUCUAAAGAAUCCGAGCUAAGAUAUAUCUGUAUUAUAAUAGAUAUAAAUGACAAGACGUAGAAGUUGCAAGAGAUGAAUUUUUGUAAUUAUUUAAAAGGACGAGCGGAUGUUUCAAAGGCUGGGUCUAAGUAUUAGCGAACAGCCGAGUAAGAGUAAAAACUAAGGACACUAAGUAUAAUAAUGGACCCCGUGCGAGCCUCAAUUAUGUAUUUUAUAUAUAAAUAUAUAAAUAUAUAUAUAAAUAAGAUGAAUUUAUUAUAUAGCCGGACGUUCUAAGGUCGGAGAAUCUUGCAAGAGGCUUUUUUAUUCUAUCAUUUGUAAUUUCUUAGGUUGUAAUCGCUCGGCGCCGUUUGGUACGAUCGUCAGAGGGUCAAUAAAAGGUCGAGGCAUCUCCGUUAAUAGAUUGCCGAGUGGCGGGAGUCCAUUUGAAAAAUGCAAAACCAAUCGGCGUAGUUACGAGGAGGAAACCCGGAGUCGAGGCUCCUACGAAGGAGCAGCCGGUGAUCUCCCGAAAAUAAUAAUAAAAAAAAAAUGAAAAGAAAAGUCGUACAGAGGAUCGAUCGACGGGCUCCGAAAAGCGAUCCGAGAAUACUUGUAUCCUAUGAUUUUCGCGUACCCUGACUCCUAGAGUCCCGGUACGGAUCACCCUGCGUAUUAAGAAGUAAA